AUGCUGCAGCAGCAGCAGCAGCAGCAGCAGCAGCAGCAGCAGCUUUUGGGCGUAGGGGGCGCCGCGCUGUGGGGCCUGCGGGUGUCUGCAUGCGUGGGCUGCGGUGCCGCGCUUUCGCCUGGAGCCCCGCCAAGGGCCCCCGCUGCCUCCGCGGGGAUUUGGGAAGCGAAAGGGCAGCCGCCGUUUGCCGGCGGGGCCCUCAGCAGCAAGUUGAAGACGGCAGCCUGCUGCAGCAGCAGCAGCAGCAGCAGCAGCUGCUGCUGCUGCUGCUGCUGCUGCGAGGUAGGCGCCGGACGGCGAGACGGGAGGUAG